CCUUUGUGCGUGCCGAUGACGUUUCAAGGACGUCUCCGUAGUAACCUACCCGGUCCUGCUGCCGCUGAGAAAGCCGGAGAGUGGCAGGGUUGGGGGGUUUGCCGUUGGUGUUUGUGAGAGGAAUCCAAGUCCAUCUGUUGUUUUAAACGGACUGGACGCCGUGUUACUGAGGCGGAGAGCCCCUGUUUGAGAGCCAAGAUGCUGAAUAUGUGGAAAGUCAGGGAGCUGGUGGAUAAAGCCACCAAUGUGGUGAUGAACUACUCCGAGAUCGAGUCCAAGGUUCGAGAGGCCACCAACGAUGACCCCUGGGGGCCAUCCGGACAGCUCAUGGGGGAGAUCGCCAAGUCCACGUUCAUGUAUGAGCAGUUCCCGGAGGUGAUGAACAUGCUGUGGAGCCGGAUGCUGAAGGACAACAAGAAGAACUGGAGGAGAGUUUACAAGGCCUUACUGCUGCUGGCGUACCUCAUCAGGAACGGGUCGGAGCGGGUCGUGACCAGCGCCAGAGAACACAUCUACGACCUGCGCUCCAUGGAGAACUACCACUUCAUCGACGAGAACGGGAAGGACCAGGGCAUUAAUGUUCGGCAGAAGGUGAAGGAGAUGGUGGAGUUCGUGCAGGACGACGACCGGCUUCGAGAGGAGAGGAAGAAGGCCAAGAAGAACAAAGACAAAUACAUCGGCGUGUCCUCGGACAGCAUGGGGACGACCGGACAGACAGGCGAGCGUUCGGAUGCAGGGUCGCGGGAGAAGUGGGAGGAGGACUGGGACCGGAGCAAGGGCGGCUUCCCCUUCAGCGAGAAGUUGGGAGAGAUCAGCGACAAGAUCGGCAGCACCAUCGACGACACCAUCAACAAGUUCCGCAAGAAGGAGCGCGACGACUCGCCCGACCGCUGCAGCGACCCCGAGGAGGAGCACGCGGCGCGGAACGGUCGGACCGCCGGGAGCGGGGAGUUCAAGGACGAGGAGGAGACGGUGACCACCAAGAGCAUCCACAUCACGCACGCCACCGAGACCACCACCACCACCACACGCAAACGCGGGAACCUGCCCACCAAGACCGUGGACCUGGGGGCCGCCGCCCACUACACCGGGGAUGGGAGUCCUGACAGCCUGAGGGCGACAGGCGGUGGGGGCAGCCAGACGUCCAGCUCUGGGGGCGGGGGCCUUGUGGACCUGCUGACAUUGGACUCUGGCUCUGGUCCAGCAGCACCUGCAGGUGGAAGCUCGGACCUGAUUGGUGGAUUUGCAGAUUUCUCCUCCCCGGCCGCCUCCGCCAGUUUUCCAGCUGCAGCCGGGUCGACGCCGAGCGGGAGUAAUGAAUUCGGGGACUGGAACACGUUCCCUGCCGGUCAGCCGGCCGCCCCCUCCUCCCAGCCCCUAGGUGGCGCUGCCACGGACCUCUUCGGGAACAUCCAGACCCCCCCGGCCCAGGUGUCCUCCCCGCCCUCCACAGACCUCUUCGACCUGAUCGGCUCCUCCCAGGCGACGCUCAGCGCCUCCCAAAGCCUCAACUUCUCCUUGUGUAGCUCGCAGGCUCUGAAUGCUAGCGGCCUGCCCAUGUCGAUGUCUCAGAUGGGGGUCCAGAAACCGGGGGGCAAGGGGUCGCUGCCGGCGACGUGGUCCGACCCCAGCGUCAACAUCAGCCUGGACUUCCUGUCCCCAGGAAUGCAGCCGCCCAAAGCAUCGCAGCCCAGCCUCAACAGCAUCAUACAGCAGCAAGGUGUCCAGCCACCCUUGAACAUGGUCGCCCAGAGCUUCGCUGGCCUGAACCUCAACACAGCCCCGACACCCACGCCCAUCAGACCGCCCGCCAAUCCCAUGACGGCGGGGCCGGGGGUUGCCCUGGGGAUGCCGGCCACCAUGGCAACAGGCACCAUGGGAAUGGGCGCCAUGGGGAUGUCGCCCCCGGCUGGCGGGCCCCUGGGUCACGGGAUUCUGGGCAUGAACUUGAGCAUGGGCAUCCAGCCUGUGGGCGUGGGCCUGCCUGGCACCGUGGGCAUGGGGCUCCCGCUCAUGGGCAUGGCGCAUGGCAUGACCCCCGCCAUGGUGCACCCCAAACAAGACGCCUUCGCCAACUUCGGAAACUUCACUAAAUAAUGAUGGACGGGGCAGGCUUCGGAAAGGAGAAGAGAAGUUUGACCAAUGAAGGAAUGGGAGAACUGCACACGGACUACUUGAAGAGCAACAGUGAAUGCCGUCGGUUCUUUCCUAUUGUAUUAAUGUAUGUAUGUGUAUGUAUGUACAGACAUACGCACAUAUUUAUUUUGUUCUGUCGGGGUGGGGGGUGCGGGCAGAUUUUGUAAGGUGCAGGAACUGAGUGAACGGAUAUAAUAUUUAAGAAAAGAGAAAUGUUCUGUCGUUUCUCCAUUUUGUGUGAGUGGGGUUUGCCAUCAUCUGAGAGUGAUCGAUUAAAAAGAUAAAACGCUGCUCUUUCCCCCCUUAUGUCCCUCCCACUUAUUAUUAACCAAUCAGAAUUUACUCUGAAAAUUACCUCACAAUUGUCCAUUUCAUUCCGUGACUCAAAGAAUCAUAACGGUCUUCUCUGUAAAUAUCUUUUGAUGUGCAAAAAAUAAAUUAUUGGGUUAUUAAGA